AUGCUUCGGCCCGGUCUCUUGGCUUGCUACAUUGGCCUGCUCGCUGGAGCGGCCACAGCCAGCUUCUCAGGUGCAAUCAUCACUCGCUCUGCCAACACUAAUCCCCAUUAUGACAUCGUGGAUGCAGAAACUGCUUUCGUCCAAAAUGCUACAACACCUAUAGUGGCUGAGGACGCAACUACAGCUUGUCUGCCCACCAUGAAUAUGCUGAGGGUGCUUAACCUUCGUGACCAGGCGUUAGAUGCCCUCCAACCAGAGACAGGAGGAGCGAGUGAGGACGAAGAAAGAGAAGAGCAAGGUGAGCAUACAAAAUCAAAGACAACAGCUGAGAUCGCAAAAGAGUUAGCAGGGACCAAAGCGGAGACCUGUGAGAAGGGUGCGACAGCGGACGCAAAAACGCAUACUGGACUUGUGAUUCCAUUUGAAUACUCCACAGUCUUUGACUGUGGAUCGCUGAUACAGGGCCACUUUGCCGCAGGACUGAGCCAUAUGCAAGAAUCAAACUUCGAUCCGGCUACAGGCGCGUAUGACACUGGGAAAGCCCCAUUUGAUAACUUAUCGGCCAGCAAUGUUGCCAACAUCAUGUGGAGCAAAAGCACGAAGGCAUCUUGUGCCGUUACGAAAAACUGCCAGGCCGGUCACAACGUUCUGUAUUGCCGUCUCGUAGAGCCAAUCACAUCGCAAGAUAAGCCCUUCACGACUGAACUGUAUGAGGCUCUCUUGCAGCGGCAGGCAGGUUCAUCAUCCAUUGCACUUACCAGCAUUGCCACAACAUUUUUCUGCGCCGCCUGGCUCUUGUCGACUUAA